UUCCUUUAGAUAUUGUUCCAUGAUAAACUAUUCCGUAUAAUUUACAUUCUGAUAAGUAUUUUCUUGAUUCGUACAGCUCUCCGACAGUUAUAUUUUGGGUUGUUCUACGCGAUCCUAAUAAUAGUUAAUUUAUUCUGUUGUUCAAUUUAAACAGUAUUUUUUAUCUUUUAUCAAAAAUGUAAACUGCAAUUGUUCAUUAUUUACGAUAAUUAAUAAACGCAAUUCAUUAAAAAACAGAACAAAUAAACCUAUUAUUCUGAAAUUAUAAUUACCAUUAUUUAUUAAUUCUGUGUAACAUUGAUUGUGUUACAUUCAAAAAUGGAAAAAAAAAUAAUAUGUAUACCUGGUCAACGUUUAUGUCGACUAGAUCCAUCUUAUACUUUGGGAAAAGGAACAUACAAAAGACAAGAAUAUAUCUUUUCUAGUUUAGCAGGAAUUGUGAACAUCGAUAAAAGGGAGAAUAUAUCUGUCAUAGAAGUUCUAAGUAAAGAUCAAACAAUUGUUCCAGCACCAGGCAAUAUUGUUACAGCAAUGAUAACCACACUAAAUCAAGAUAUGUGUAAAUGUUUAAUUACGAGUGUUAGUGGACACGAGUUAAAUGAAACAUAUAGAGGAAGUAUAAGAAAACAGGAUGUUCGGACAAAAGAAAUAGAUAAAAUUGAAAUGUUACAAUGUUUUAGACCAGGAGACAUAAUUUUAGCUAAAAUUCUUCCAAUGACUGAAGCCCACACUUUCAAAUUAACUACAGCUGAAAAUGAACUUGGUGUAGUUAUAGCAUGUAGUGAAUACGGACAUCCAAUGAUUCCUUUAAGUUGGACUGAAAUGCAGUGUACAAAAACGGGUACUGUAGAAUGUCGUAAAGUUGCUAAAAUUGUUCAAGAAAAUUUCAAAGGAUCGUUCUGAAAAAUCUUUAUCAUAUAUGUAUACCAAUAUUUUUUUUUUUAUAGAAUACUGACAAAUAAAAACAAAUAUUUGAAAAGAAAAA